AUGAAAAAAUGGAAAGAGACAAGAUGGCAUAUAAAUAUAAUAUUGAUGUUUUUUCAUCAAUUUUUUGAUAGGAUUAAUUAUUCGAUGAGAAAUACCUUUUUACAUGACCAUUACAUUUACUUAAAAUUUAAAAAAAAUAAAGUAAUUGGAUUGUUGUCAAUAAUUAACUCGUCUGUCUGUUUAGUUAUCUCUCCUAUAGUUGGGUAUUAUUGUGACAAACAUAAGAAAGAAAGAAUCAAAAUUCUGCAAAUUAUUUCUAUAACAUACCUUCUAGUUAAUAUUAUUCAUUACAUGUUCAUAAGAACAAACAGUUUAAGUCUAAUAAUAUUCGUAACUGCUAUAUCGAAGAUGUUGCAUGAAUGCUCUCAUGUAAUAACGGAAUCUAUUUUUAUAGAGAGUAUAGAUAAAGGAAAGAAAAGCAUAAUUUUCACGUAUCAGAAACUCAUAAGUACAGUUGCUACUAUGUUAGGCCCCUUUUUUUGUUUAAUACUAUUUUAUUUAUAUAAUGAUAAGUGGAAUAUCAAAAAUAUAUUUAUAAUUUUUCAAUUUUCUAUUUUAACUAUUCUUCCUCAAACACUUAUAAGUUUUCUAUGGAAGAAUAGUUAUAGUGAAACGGUUAGAAGUCCAGAAGAAGUAGACUUAAUAAUAAAAAAAAAUGAUGAAAAGCAUAUGUUUUGUUUUUCUACCAAUCAUAUUCCUUAUAUUGUUUUUAUAUCGCAUAUAAUAACCCUGGCUGGAGCAGGUAUGACAUUUAAGUAUUUUUCAUUAUAUUUGAAGUCUGAAUAUAAGGUAUCACCUAUUCUGAUGUGCGUUCUUAACAUUGUUAUUCCAGUGUUGUUGACCUUCUUUACAUACAUUUCUCAAAAAUUGUCAAAAUCACUGGGAAGGGCACAGGUUUCUCUGUUUUUCACAACCAUCGGUUUUUUGUUGCUGUGUUCACUGCUAUAUAUACAUAACUACCAAGACGUUCUGAAAGUCCACGUUUUUAGGAGUGUUUUUCAAAAUUGUACAAACUCAAUAGAUAAAAGUAUUCUAUAUGAUUUUAUUGAUACCAACAGAUACACAGGAAGGUGGAUGGGUGUACAAAGUUUAUACUAUUUGGUUUGGUCUAUCAGCGCAUAUUUUGGAGGAUGGCUGUCUGACAUAUCGUCCUACAGGCAUACAUUUAAAAUAACAACCUUUUUCUAUUUGAUCUCAUUAAUAAUAUAUGCCCCCCUUUUGUGGCUUGUACCUGUUAAGGAAACCAUAUAA